CUUCGCUCGCAGUUGUAGCGGGUUGGGUUACCGGGUGCGGGUGGAGGUGGGGCUGUAUCGGUGUCGCGGGGCGGCGGGCCCGGACUUCCGCCCUUUGCUGGAGGCAUGGAGGUGGGCUAGCAGCAGAUGCGAAGCCCGUAGCGGUACAGAAUGAGCACGUGUUGCUGGUGUACACCAGGUGGUGGUUCCACCAUUGACUUCUUAAAGCGCUAUGCAGCCAAGACCCACUCCGGUGAAUUUCAAACAGCUGAUGAAGAUCUUUGCUACUGCUUAGAGUGUGUGGCUGAAUACCACAGAGCAAGAGAUGAAUUACCAUUCUUGCAUGAGGUUUUAUGGGAAUUAGAAACCUUACGUCUCAUAAAUCACUUUGAAAAAUCAAUGAAAGCAGAAAUUGGAGAUGAUGAUGAAUUAUAUAUAGUAGACAACAAUGGAGAGACACAUUUGUUUGACUUUACCGGCCAAGACUUUGAAAACAAGCUUCGUGUUCCACUUCUUGAGAUACUGAAAUAUCCUUAUCUGCUUCUACAUGAGCGUGUUAAUGAAUUAUGUGUUGAAGCACUUUGUCGGAUGGAACAAGCCAAUUGCUCCUUUCAGGUUUUUGACAAACAUCCAGGGAUAUAUUUGUUUUUGGUCCAUCCCAAUGAAAUGGUUCGGCGUUGGGCUAUCCUGACUGCAAGAAACUUGGGAAAAGUGGACAGAGAUGAUUAUUAUGAUUUACAGGAGGUUUUAACUUGCCUUUUUAAAGUCAUUGAGUUGGGGCUUUUAGAAAGUCCAGAUAUUUAUACUUCGUCUGUCCUUGAGAAGGGUAAACUGAUUCUUUUGCCAUCACACAUGUAUGAUACUGCUAACUACAAAAAUUAUUGGUUAGGUAUUUGCAUGUUGCUGACCAUUCUUGAGGAACAAGCCAUGGACUCUCUGUUGUUGGGCUCUGACAAACAAAAUGAUUUUAUGCAGUCAAUACUUCACACCAUGGAGAGGCAGUCCGAUGAUGAUAGUGUGGAUCCUUUCUGGCCAGCACUACACUGUUUCAUGGUGAUUCUGGAUCGCCUUGGAUCUAAGGUCUGGGGUCAACUUAUUGAUCCUAUUGAGGCAUUUCAGACCAUUAUCAACAAUGUGAGCUACAAUAAAGAGAUCCAAAAUAUACGGAACAGCUCUGUAAGGACCAAGUUAGAACCUGAAUCAUAUUUGGAUGAUAUGGUGACUUGCAGCCAGAUUGUGUACAGUUAUAAUCCUGAAAAGACCAAAAAGGAUUCAGGGUGGAGAUCAGCCAUUUGCCCAGAUUAUUGUCCUAACAUGUAUGAAGAAAUGGAAACAUUAGCCAGCGUGCUUCAGUCAGAUAUUGGUCAAGACAUGCGGGUUCAUAACAGCACGUUUCUGUGGUUCAUCCCUUUCGUUCAGUCCCUCAUGGAUCUUAAGGAUUUGGGUGUGGCUUAUAUAGUAGAAGUUAUUCAUCAUCUGCACUCCGAAGUCAAGGAUGUCCUCAACCAGACAGAUGCUGUGUGUGACAAAGUCACUGAAUUUUUUCUUCUAAUUUUGGUAUCAGUGAUUGAACUUCAUAGAAAUAAAAAAUGCCUGCAUUUGCUGUGGGUUAGUUCCCAGCAAUGGGUGGAAGCUGUUGUAAAAUGUGCGAAGCUUCCUACUACUGCAUUUGCACGAAGUUCUGAGAAAUCAUCUGGAAACUGCUCUAAAGGAACAGCAAUGAUAUCAUCUUUGUCAUUAUAUUCAAUGCCAUCUAACUCUGUACAGCUUGCUUGUGUGCAGCUGAUUAGAAGUCUCCUUAAAGAAGGUUAUCAGCUUGGGCAGCAAACACUGUGUAAGCGAUUCUGGGAUAAACUCAACUUAUUCUUGCGAGGAAACUUAUCUCUAGGUUGGCAGUUGACUAGUCAGGAAACUCAUGAGUUGCAAACUUGUUUAAAGCAAAUUAUUAGAAACAUAAAAUUCAAAGUACCUCAGUGUAGCACUUGUAUGGAUCUGACUCCUGCAUGCAAAACCCUUCCUGCUGCUUAUAAUAAAGAAAAGGAACAAUUUGGGAAGAAGUCUAAAAAAGACAGGCCUUGUUUGGAAAACUCCAGCCCAACAUUUUCUAAAGAACCAUUGAAAGCUGACACGUAUCAAAUACAAGAGAGUAUGUUGAUCAAAGUGAGUAACACUGUGGAAGAUGAUAAUGAGCAAAAGUAUGUAAAAGAUGAACUAGACGACCAUCUCUCAGCUAAAUCAUGCUUAAGACAGAGUAAAAACCUUUUUACUGAAAGAGCUCAAGAUCAACUUAAAAUAAAUAGAAGGAAGCAGAAGUCUGUAAAAGAGAACUCUGUAUUUUUACCACAGAAUUGUGCUUCAAGAAAUGGUCCAGAAAAUGGAUGUGAUAGAGGAAUUAUAAUGUCAACACGUUUAUUAGCUGAUUCCAGCACUGAUUCUCUGGAAAAGGUGUCAACAUCGAAUGAGGAUUUCUCUUUAAAGGAUGAUUCUCUUAGUAAAACCUCAAAACAAAAAUCUAAGGCUCAGAAAGAUGAAAUCUGUGCUAAGCUAUCACAUGUAAUAAAGAAGCAAUGUAGGAAAAGUACUUUGGUUAAUGAUACUAUCAAUUUAGAGGAAAACCUGACUGUAGCUAACAUAGACAGUUGCUAUUCAAGGAAGGAUAAAAGAGGUCCAAAAGGGGAUGGUGUCAUACACAAUAUAUCUUUAGACCCUAAAGUUAUUCUGAGUGACAAUAGAAAUGGAGGACAAACAUCUCAAAGUAGUUCAUUCCUGAAAAAGAAACAAGUAAAGAGUGAAGUGUUGGAUGUUUUUUCUUCCCAUGACAACAGUUGUCAAAUACAGGAAUGUCAUGUUGAUGGUAAAGAUUUGGUUUCAUUUACAGAAGUGACCAAUACUUUAGUGAAGAAAAUGUCUUCCAUUAAAAAUCCGGAGACUGCACUUGAAUCAAGGGAUAAAGAAAUGAAUAAGAAUACUGAUCGGAUUUCUAGCUUGACAAGAGAACAGACCCCUGGGAUCAGUCCUAAGUCUGAAAACUUAACAGAUUCUCAGAUAGACAGAGACCUUCACAAAUUGUCCCUAAUAGCUCAAGCCAGUGUUAUUAAGUUUCCAUCAGAUUCAACUCAAAAAAAUUCAUCUCAGCUACAAAGGAAAGUAAAUGGUGAUAAAAGAUGUUUCACACCUAACCACAAUAACGAAUCUACCUCUGUUGGGGAACUCUGCCGUGGACAGGUUAUUAUUAUUUCAGAUUCUGAUGAUGAUGAUGAUGAAAGAUUUUUGGGUUUUGAGAAACACAUUAAAAUAGACAAAAUAUGCAUUGAGAAAGAAUGUCCAGAGCAGCACACUUUUCUUGAUAAUAUUAAUGUGGAAAAGAAGCUAAUAAAGGAAGAAACAACAAAGUCUCUUUUGCAGUUUGAGGAAUCUGAUUCUCAGUUUUUUGAAUUUGAAAGUCCAUCUGAGGUAUUUUCAGUUUGGCAAGAUCAUAAACCAGACAACAAGAAUUCAGUUCAAGAAGAUGAAAAAAAUUCAUGUUUGGCUCAUAUAGCAGAUAUUACAAAUGAUUGGGGUUAUGAUACAGAUUAUGUAUCUGAAGAGGUUAUUAAGAAAGUAGCAGAGGGAAUUAAAGAAUAUACAAAACCACAGAACAGUAGUAUUGCUGUUGAGGAAUUUUGUGAAAUUGAAGUAAAGUCUAAGAGAAAGCGAUUUGAAAAACCUGUGGCUGAAGACCCUCUAAAGUCUUUGUCUUCUGUCAGAAAUGAGGACCAGUCUGGUCUUCUUAAUGAGAAUCAUCUUACUGAAAAUGAUAUUAAAAAUACAAGGACUACAACUCCCAACUCAGGUAUUCAGAGAACCACUGUGGUUUCACACAAGAAAUCUUCUCCAAAGCUUCGUUCAUACCCAAAACCUAUUAGGAGAGUCCCGGUUUCUAAAACUCCUAAGAAAACACAUUCAGAUGCCAAAAAAGGGCAGAAUAAAACAAAUUACAUAAGUUGUAGGACAACUCCUGCUAUAGUUCCACCAAAGAAAUUUCGCCCAUGUCCUGAGCCAACUUCAACAGUUGAAAAACUUGGUCUUAAAAAGGCUCGUCGUAAGGCAUUUGAGUUGUCCCAGCGAUCUUUAGAGUGUUUAUUUAAAUUACGUGACCAUGGCAAAACUGUUGGAGUAAUUGAGACCCGAAAAAAGGCUAAAUUAAUUUCUCCUCAGACUCUCUCUGUCAAAAAUAAUAAGAAACUGUUGACAAGUCAGUAUCUACAGUUGCGAAGGCAAACGAAACCCAAAUCACAAGAAAAUAGACGAGGGCUUUUUGAUUAUGAAAAGGCAGAUACAACAAAGUCAGGGCCACCUGGAGAACAGAAUUCUGACAUAUCUAUAGCAGAAUCGGAUAGAUUAGAUUAUAAAGGAGAAACUGAGGUAAUUGCUAACAGUAAUAGAAAACAACUAAUAAAAUGCAUGUCUUCUGGACCAGAAACUGUAAAAGCAAAAUAUAUUUCUCAGGUGACUGAUGAUACUUGCCUUUUGGACCAGUGUGAUUCUGUAGUGUUAAAUGGAAGAAUAUCAACAAAUGAAAUCAUUGUUUCUACUUCAGAGGACCCUUCUUCAGGUAGAGGUGAUCUAACAGGACAUCAUUCUGAGGUGGCAUCUUUGAAAGAGGGAGAACUUGAAUCCAACAGUGAUACAGAGGAUGAUAAUUUAUUUUUAACGCAACAUGAUCCUGAAGAUAUGGAUUUAUGUUCACAAAUGCAGAAUGAUGCAGUCAUUGAAGUUGUUCAUGGAAAAGACAUGGUUCAGGUAGACAAAGAUUCUAUAAGUCUGCCCCAGUUGGAAUCUUUGAGUAGCACAAAAUGUAAGCAAAAAGAUUGUGUUGAAACCGUGAAAACCCAGGGUGACUAUUGCUCAAGACACUCUGAAGCUAAAACAACGGAUGAAGAUGUAUUUCGUAAACCUGGCUUGCCUCUCUCUGCAUCUAAACCUUUGAGACCUUCCACUGCCAAGAUUUUUACCUCAAGUGGUACUUCACGAAAUGCUAAUCUUUCCAAGUCUUUGGAAAAUGCUUCAGUCGUUUCAUCAGCUCUAAAAAAUAGAUCAAAUGGGGUUCAGUCUAUUUUGAAAGUACCUUUGCCAGCCUCUCUGGUGUGUCAGAAGCCAAUGGGUGAAGUAAAGAGUUUGUGCAAUGUUCUUCAUUCUCAGACUCCAAAUAAUUCCAACAGACAAGGUUACAAACUUCCAUUUGGUGAAAGCAAAUCAUUUUCAGCUUCCUCUCCAGUAAACAUCCUGUUGUCAUCACAGUCCAUCUGUGACACCUUCAUUAAAGAGAUCUUAAAAUGGAAAUAUGAAAUGUUUGUGAACUUUGAUCAGUGUGGGCCGCCAGCAAGUCUUUGUCAGUCCAUAUCAAGACCAGUGCCUGUCAGAUUUCAAGAUUGUGGAGAUUAUUUUAAUGUUUUUUUCCCUUUGAUGAUACUGAAUACGUUUGAAACAGUGGCACAGGAAUGGAUCAGCUCUCCAAAUAAAGAGAAUUUCUGUCAGUUGCAUUUAAGAAAAUUUCCUGCUGAUUAUAAGAAGUACUGGGAGUUUGUGGUUUAUCUUAAGGAAUGUGAACUGGCUAAGCAGCUUCAUCCAAAGGAAAAUGAUUUGGUGUUUUUGCUUCCUGAAAAACUAAAUGGAGAGAAGAAAGAUAUAGAAAGAAAUCACAUACAAGAUCCCCAUGAAUAUCACUGUGGUUAUGUUCAUAAAUUUCGACGCACUUCAGUCAUACGUAAUGGGAAAUCUGAGUGUUCCCUUUCCAUCCAGACCCACGACAAUUUGCCUGUCAAUUUAAAUGAACUUGUGAGAUGUAUUGUUAUCAGUUCCCUGGUAACUACACAAAGGAAGUUGAAAGCCAUGUCUCUGUUGAGUGGUUGGAACCAACUGGCCAGAGCUGUUCUGAAUCCAAAUCCCAUGGACUUCUGUACAAAAGAUUUACUAACUACAACAUCUGAAAGAAUUAUUGCCUACUUAAGAGAUUUCAAUGAAGACCAAAAGAAAGCAAUAGAAACUGCCUAUGCCAUGGUCAAACACUCACCAUCAGUUGCCAAAAUCUGUCUGAUUCAUGGACCACCUGGAACAGGAAAAUCAAAAACUAUUGUUGGCCUCCUAUACCGCCUACUAACAGAGAACCAGAGAAAGGGACAUUCAGAUGAAAACUCCAAUGCCAAAAUCAAACAAAACCGUGUCCUUGUGUGUGCACCUUCCAAUGCAGCUGUUGAUGAACUUAUGAAAAAAAUUAUCCUCGAAUUCAAAGAAAAAUGUAAAGAUAAGAAGAAUCCUUUAGGAAACUGUGGAGAUAUAAAUUUAGUACGACUGGGUCCAGAAAAGUCUAUUAAUAAUGAGGUCCUAAAAUUCAGUUUGGACAGCCAAGUUAACCACAGAAUGAAAAAGGACUUACCUUCUCAUGUUCAGGAGAUGCAUAGAAAAAAGGAGUUUCUAGAUCAUCAACUAGAUGAACUUUCCCGCCAGCGUGCUUUGUGCCGAGGUGGAAGGGAAAUACAAAGGCAAGAACUGGAUGAAAAAAUUGCCCAAGUUUCAAAAGAAAGGCAGGAGCUUGCUUCUAAAAUUAAAGAGGUUCAAGGACGCCCACAAAAAACACAGAGUAUCAUCAUUUUAGAGUCCCACGUCAUCUGCUGUACAUUGAGCACGAGUGGUGGUUUACUGCUUGAGUCAGCUUUUCGUGGUCAAGGGGGUGUCCCCUUCAGUUGUGUCAUUGUUGAUGAGGCUGGGCAGUCUUGUGAAGUUGAGACCCUUACUCCACUCAUCCAUCGUUGCAACAAGCUUAUCCUGGUAGGAGAUCCUAAACAGCUUCCUCCCACAGUUAUUUCAAUGAAAGCACAGGAGUAUGGCUAUGACCAGUCGAUGAUGGCUCGCUUUUGCAAACUACUGGAAGAGAAUGUGGAGCACAAUGUGAUCAGCAGACUACCUGUUUUACAACUUACUGUUCAAUACAGGAUGCAUCCAGACAUAUGUCUCUUCCCUUCUAAUUAUGUUUAUAACAGAAGCUUGAAAACGAACAGAUUGACUGAAACCAACCGAUGUUCAUCUGACUGGCCAUUUCAACCUUACCUUGUAUUUGAUGUUGGAGAUGGUUCAGAAAGACGGGAUAAUGACUCAUAUGUUAAUAUUCAAGAAAUAAAACUGGUGAUGGAAAUCAUUAAGCUUAUUAAAGACAAAAGAAGAGAUGUGACUUUCCGGAACAUUGGCAUAAUAACACAUUACAAGGCUCAGAAGACGAUGAUUCAGAAGGAUUUGGAUAAAGAGUUUGAGAGAAAAGGACCAGCAGAAGUGGAUACUGUGGAUGCAUUCCAGGGUCGUCAGAAGGAUUGUGUUAUUGUUACAUGUGUCAGAGCAAAUGCCAUGCAAGGCUCAAUUGGAUUCCUGGCAAGUUUGCAGAGAUUGAAUGUCACCAUUACACGAGCCAAGUAUAGCCUCUUCAUCCUUGGACAUUUGAGGACCUUGAUGGAAAAUCAACAUUGGAAUCACCUGAUUCAGGAUGCUCAGAAGCGUGGUGCCAUUAUUAAGACCUGUGACAAAAACUAUAGGCAUGAUGCAAUGAAGAUUCUGAAACUCAAGCCUGUUUUACAAAGAAGUCUGACUCACCCUCUUACCAUAGCCCCAGAGGUGUCCAGACCCCAAGGUGGCUUGCCCAGCAACAAGCCAGACAGUGGAUUCACCAUGACAUCUUUUGCUUCCUCUGUAUACCACAAACCAUCUGACUUUAAGGAGGCUACUGUUACUGUUACUUCAAAGGACCCUGAAAGGCCCCCUGUUCAGGACCUACUUCGGGACCCAAGACUCCUUAGAAGAAUGGGCUCUGAAGCUAAAGAGAAAUUCCUAAGGGAUCCACAACCUUUGAGCCCCCUGCAUCCUGGAGCAACAUCUCCCAUGGGAGAGCCAGGCUUUCUUGUAACUCACCAGGAUCUUGAUAGUAUUGUACAACCAUCCAUUACUCAAGUAGCAGCUCUGAGCAACCACAGACCUCAUGUGCAGUAUGAACCUCCAGCUGCUAGUACUGAUGCUUCCACAAGUAAAAAAUGUGACCAGGAAGAAGGGCUCAGUUACAGAAGAGAGGACAGGGAUUUCAGUGAAGGGGAACAGGAAAAGUGUAGCUCUAUGACCUAUCAUGCAAAGAGGAACUCUGACUGGGACAAGAUGAGACUGGAAGAGGAGGACAGUAGCUCAAAGAAAAGAAAGCUUUUACAGUAGAACCAAAUGACAUGGGCUGUCGGUCACAGGCAUUGUUGUAGAAACUUUAGAUGACCAGCUAAUAGGACUGACUAUCAAGACUUUUUCUUUCUUUCCUUAAAGGAAUUUGUGUGCUGUUAGAAAACAUGGAAAAUGUAUCCUUAACACCUGAGCCUCUUGGUCAUCUUCAGUACUUUUUGUUAGUUGCAAAAUCUUUCAGAGGGCAUUUGUGUUUCAGUAAUAAUGUCCUUGAAGUCAGAGACUUAAAAUGUUGAUCUCUUGUCCUUCUGUAGAAAAGGAGGUCAGAUAGGAGUGAAUGUUGUAAAAGUUGAAAUGUAUAUUUGUACAGCUAAUAACAAAAUCCUUUUAAAAUUUAAUCUAGUAGACCGCUUUUCUUUCCCCUGCUUAAAAUGUUAAUCAUUUUCAACAGAACAAACUUUAUAUUUAAAAAAAAAAUGCAGGGAGGAGAGCAGAUCAUUUCAACCAUUGGUAUGGCAAGACCAGAUUUCUUUAACAGCCUGUUAUUUGGAAUAAGCUGAGUUAGUGGUAGUGGGUCAUAUGUCUCUAGUUCUGUUUUAAAAACAACUGGAGUCUCCUAGGGGAAUCUUUGGAAAACAAAGUCAGGUAAAGUUCUGCUGAUGUUGUACAUUUUUAAACAAGGCACCUUGGCACAGGAUAUUAACUUUCUGUGAUGAGUUCAGCUACCUAUUUAGUAAACACAUAGUUCUCUAAAAUUAUUGUUGGGAAUGUCAUUCAGAUGCCCCCAGCAUAUUGUGAACUGAGGUAUUAGUUGUUUCCAAAUGCUAGGUUAGUGCUGGGAUAGCUAGGUAAGAAUCACCUUGGGUUGCUCGUUAAGGCUUGCAGAUUGCCAAGGGAAUUUAAAUAGUCUUUGGUAGAGCCUGGGGAAUUGUAUGUUAAACAUCUUCCCAAGGGAUUCUGAUCACCAGGCAGCUUGGGAACCACUAGAGCAGGCUAAAUAUAUUUUAGACAGGAAAGAAACACCCUUUUAAAAGAAUGGUAAUAAAGAGGAGUGUAAAUACUUGGAGUUCAGAACUAGGAAGAGAAUUGACAAAUUUCUUUUGAUCUUUGGAAAUCAUCUGACGAAAAUAUACGGCUGUUGUAGGCUAUCUGAUGAAAGCUUUAAGUUAGUGUUAGAGAUAAUUGUGUUUCUGUGAAAGAAAAGUGGCUGUGGUGAAUGGUGGUUUAAGAAUCUUGGGACAACGGAAGGCCUGCCCAGUUUCAAAGUCUAGCUUUCCAGGUAUUCACACAAAAUGAAAUUAAAGUAUUGCAGAUAUGUGAAGGUAUGUUAGUAACAGUCGACAGUUGUGAUAACUAGCAGAUCGUGCUGAAUGCUGUGCAGCCUUUAGCUAAUUGGGAGUUGGAAAACAAAAUCCCUGAAGAUUAAUGUGCACUAUUUGAAAUUUUGUCAUCUGCUUUUUAAACAAAAAGGGAUUUGUGUUAGUCAAAAAUUCUACAGAUGCAGGUUAUAAAGAACUUUAAAAAAAACAAUUUUUGGUUGCCAAAAGUUUAAAUAUUCCAAUUCUUCAUUACUUUAUGUCUGUCCCACUGGUGUCCAGACAUCUGACUAAUGCCCAGUGAACGUUCCCAUAAGUAGGGGAGCAAGCAGCUUCUUACAACCCUUUAUCCCUCACAGAGUUAGCCUCGGCAUCCAGUUUGUGAGUAUGGAGAGUCUUAACUCAGCGUGCCAUAGAAAGUCUGCAGGUGGGGAGCAAAGGUGUGGGUCCACUCUGUGCCUGGAUCAAGGGUGCUAAACUUACAGAGAUUUGUAGUGGUAGAACUUAGGAAGUCAAAAAACUCCAAGCUUCUAAAGGAGGCAAGACAGAACAGUUUGGGGUCAGGAAAGUCUCUUAAUCUGCUCAUAUUAACAGAUGAAUUAAGAAAUAAAUUCUUUUUUUUUUGCUGCUACACAUUGAACAAUAUUAUUUCCAGUUAAGUUUGGUGCUUAUUUUCACACUUUUUGUUCACUUCUUGAGUUCACUAAUCUGGUCUGAUUAUGCUAGAAUUAGUAAGAGAAGUGAAGAGAAUAAACAGCUCCUGCAUAAUCCUUUCUAAUUAAUGAGCCUUUGUCCUGUGAUAGCCUCUCCCAGCAGAAUGCAGUUGUACCUGACAUUAAAUUUGAAACUGUUGUUCCACUUAGUAAAAGUAUUUGCAACAAAACAAAACAAAAAAAAACAAACCCCUUUUCAUAUGUAUACCAUGGCCUCUCUUGAUGUGGUUGUUAUAGCAGUACUGUUGAAUGGUGCUUAAUCUUAUUGCAAGGUGGAAAAUAUGGCUGUUUGCUUCGUUCUUGCCAUGGCAUUAAAAGAAGGUGCCUGUCUUCUUCAAUAUUAGUUAUUUCAGCAUAAAUAUCUUCUACUUAACAUAUUUUGAUUUUUUGUAUAUAAUUUGCCUUGGAUUUAUUGUGUUUUAGUUGUAUAUUUGAGUAUGUUAUCAGGAGUAAAUUUGAUAAUAUACAUGUGAAUAAUCUGUAAAUGAAUUUUGUAACAAAAAUGUACUAAACUUCAUUUUCCAAAA